AUGUCUACAUCUACCGACCCCGAUUUUCAACUCUUUACCUCUCUCCGCUACGAUCCCAUCCUGCUGCAAUCCCCCCGAAACAUUCAAUCUUGGCCCUCAUCCCCCUCAUCCCCUUCCUCCUCUCCCUUCCCAUGUCCCUUCUACAUGCUACCCCACCACCGCGAUCGACUCCUCAGCGCCGCCAUCCACUUCAACUGGCCCAAAGCCAUAUCCGUCAUCUCCGGCCCCACCGGAUUCCAAAACCUCCUCGACAUCCUCACCCAAAACAUCGAUAUCCGCUCCCCCACCCCAUUACGCGUACGCGUUGUUCUCGACCACCAAGGAACCCUCACCAUAGAAUCCAACGCCACCCCCCCCGUCUCCCUCUCCAAUCUCUUCCCCGGCCGUCUCCCACCCCCAUCAUCCUCCCCCCUUCCCCCACCCCCUCAAGUAUCUCCCCUAACAGGCGGCCUCCUCAGCCUCUCCCCAACCGCCACCCUCCCCAGCGACCCCACACUCACCCUCCCCCCCUGGCCCCUCAUCCCCGACUCCACACCUACCUCCCCCUCCCCCUACACCACCUUCAAAACCACCACUCGCACCCCCUACAACCUUGCUCGCUUACGUGCCCACAUCCAUCAUCUAAGCGACACCCGCGAGGUUCUCCUCUCCACUCCUUCGCGCAAAAUCAUGGAGGGAAGCCUCACCACGCCCUUUUUUUAUCGCGGUGGGAAAUGGGUUACGCCUGCUGCGAGGAGCGGGGGACAGCUGGGGACUACUAGACGUUGGGGUUUGGAAAUGGGGUGA